CAAACCGGAGGCUAAAUAGAUAAUAAAAUUACAUCUCCAUUUUGUGCGUCUUUCACUUGGUGCACAGCGCUUGAGCAACUUCUUCUUUUUUUGGAACUCUCAACAGAGAUGAGCCACCUUUUCCUACUAGACUCACCAUAAAAAAGCAUCAUCAUGCAGCCGCCGCCGCCGCCGCCACAGCAGCAGCAGCGCCUCCUCAAAGUGCUGGUCAUCGGCGACCUGGGCGUGGGCAAGACCUCCAUCAUCAAGCGCUACGUCCACCGGGUGUUCUCCCAGCAUUACCGGGCCACCGUCGGCGUGGACUUUGCCCUGAAAGUGCUCCACUGGGACCACGCCACGGUGGUGCGUCUGCAGCUGUGGGACAUAGCCGGACAGGAGAGAUACGGCAACAUGACCCGCGUUUACUACAAAGAGGCCGUCGGCGCUCUGGUCGUCUUCGACAUGACCCGGAUCUCCACCUUCCGGGCCAUCCUCAAGUGGAAAGGAGACCUGGACUCCAAGGUCGCCCUGAGCAACGGGAGACCGGUUCCCGCCGUCCUGUUGGCCAACAAGUGUGACCAGCGGCACCUCGGUUUGUGCCCCAAACUCCCCAAACUGGAGAACUUCUCCAGGGAUUACGGCUUUGUGGACUGGUUUGAAACGUCAGCCAAGGACAACACCAACAUCGACGCGGCCAUCGCGUGUCUGGUGAAGAACAUCAUGGCGGCCGAGGAGGAGCGGGUGUCCGGGGGCGAAGCCGACGCCGGCGUCUUGGUGCUGCCGCGCUUCGACGACCGCGCCACGGAUAGGAGACUACCCGGAUGCUCCGGAUGCUCCGGACUCAAGCAGGGGAGUGACAGGAAACUUCAAUGACUAUUGAUUCGUCUUCGACACUUAAUUUUUUUAUUUUAUUUUUUAUUGCAGUAUUUGUACUCAUGCAAAGCACACUCUGUUUAUUUGCUCAAUUCCCUCCUCCCUAAUCACUACUUUUAGUGAAAUUCAAAGUGAACAUGAUGAACCUCUGCGACAUCAUUGCUGAUGAAUGCAAUCCAAAACCAACGUCACAGUCCACGCCCCCCCCCCCCCACACACACACACACUUUUCCAACAGAAAAACUGCACACUGCCCCCUUCAGGUCAAACUCCAAAUCCCAGACCGCGUGGUGGUAUCGUGCGGAAGGGGCGGAAACGCGUUACCCGCUGGGAGAGGCAAAAAAAUUGUCGCAACAGUAACAGUAAGUAAGUACCCCGCCCCCCCCCAAGAAUCUCACACCUGCCAAUCAUCCACAGUCGGCUCUGGUUAGCCUCUUCACUAUGCACACACAGCUGGUUUUCGUUGGCCACACUGCGCUUCUUGAUGAAAGUUUUCCCACAACAGGAGAAGCAGAUUGAUCGUUUUGGUCUUCUAUUGGGCUGUUUUUUUUCUUUUUUCUUUUUCUUAGUGUACCUAGCAACAUAGUCGAAUAUGCCAUGCAUAUAGCCAAAUCAAGUUGUUGUUGUUUCCCCCCCCAUGUGUAUAGCCCUUAAUCAAUGAUACGAUGAGGCGAGUGGGGAAGCGGCAGUAAAACAGGCCAAAAUCCAUCCAAAAUAGUUUCCCCAAAAAAUACAACUUUACUUUCCGCUGAAAGAAAUAAUUUUAACAUGUGCCAUAAAGUAACUUUUUUUUUUUUAAUACUACAAUAUUUCUUGGGGGGGAGGGGAAAUGGCUGUUUUUCCAAAAUAAAUGAGUUCAAAAGAAAUAAAUGACUUCCAUCUCAUAAGAUUUAGGGAGUUUUGUAUCGUAAAAUUGACUCCCCCCCCCCACCCAAUACUCAGUUUUUGUUUCUUUUAUAAUUUGUCUGUUUUCUCAAAAAAUUAUUGGUUUUCCAAAAAAAACAAAACAAAAACAAACAAAAAAUUUAAACUUUCAAGUACAAUUAUGUCAAGUUUGUAUGUACAUGUACAUCUACGUACAACAUGUACUGUUGAAUAUAAUCAUUUAAGUACAGUGUCAAUGUUCAAACUGUGCAUAAUAUUCCAGUGGCUUCCAAUAAUAUG